GUCACAACUGUUAAAUUGCAAAUCUGAAUUCAAUAUUAGCCAAAACUGUUUCAAUCGUCUAAUGGUCAUCAUAAAGGAUAUACUACCAGAGAAUAACAACUUGCCAGAGAAUUAUUACCAAAUGAAGAAGAAGAUGGCGGCAUUUGGCCUUCGAUAUGUCAAAAUUGAUGUAUGCGACAACAAUUGCAUGUUGUUUAAUGGACAAUUUGAAGCGUUGGAAUACUGUUCCGUAUGUGGUCAUCCUCGAUACAAAUCAAGUAAUACAAGUGAAAGAAGGGUCUCAAACGUUCCUUAUAAGAUUUUGCGAUACUUCCCACUUAUACCUAGGCUUCAGAGGGUUUUCAUGUUAAAGAAAACUGCAAAGAAUAUGACAUGGCAUGCACAUAAUCAAAGUUCUCCAAGAGAGUUACAUCAUCCUGCCGAUGGAGAGGCGUGGCAACACUUCAAUCGUACACAUGAGUCUUUUUCUAGUGAAGCGAGGAAUAUCAGAUUAGGAUUAUGCACAGAUGGGUUUGCUCCUUUUAAGCAAGGUGCGAGACCAUACUCUUGUUGGCCAGUCAUGUUAGUCAUAUACAAUUUACCUCCUUGGCUAUGUAUGAAGCAACCAUAUUUAUUCCUUAAUAUGAUAAUUCCUGGGCCAAAUAGUCCAUCUCAGAACAUAGAUAUCUUCUUGAGACCUUUAAUAGAUGAGUUGCUAAUUUUGUGGCAGUUUGGUGUUCGAACCUUCGAUAAUUAUAGGCAAGAUCAUUUUUUACUUCGGGCAGCAUUAAUGUGGACAAUUAGUGACUUUCCUGCGUAUGGUAUGUUAUCUGGAUGGAGCACUCAUGGAAAAUUAUCUUGCCCUUAUUGUAUGGCAAAUUUGAAGUCAUUCAAUCUAAAACAUGGCAGAAAAUCAUGUUUUUUUGAUUGUCACAGACAGUUCUUGCCUCCCGAUCAUCCUUUCCGAAGACAGUUCUUGCCUCCCGAUCAUCCUUUCCGAUCAUCAUGGAAAAUUAUCUUGCCCUUAUUGAAAUUUGUAGACCCUAAAAUUGUUAGAACAAUUACAAAGUGUAUCCAAUUAUACUUCAACGAUGCAUGGCCAACAUGGAAGAAAGUUCUCGAAGCUAUCAAAGAUGAGAUGUGGGCAAAAUUUGAGGGAAAAUUUAUGUGGCCUAUUGAGAAAGCAAAAGUUGUGAGAGCAAUUUGGGAGACUACGUGCAAGGAACGGUUGCGUGGUAUGUUGGAAGAAGAAAGGAAGCGGGCAAUGAGACAUUUUGGUGUUAGUGAAAUUUCAAAGUGCAAAGGUUACAAUGUAGGUUGGAUUCGACUGGACAUUUGGGAUCGAUUGGUUAGUGAUGUGUGGACUACGGAUGCAUGGAAAAAUCGAUCAAUUAAUGGCAAGCGAAAUAGGAUGACUGAGAAGGAUGGAAGCAUCACCAAGCAUACCGGUGGAUCGAUCCCUUUUAUGGUUCAUGCGGAGAGGAUGGAAAAACAACUAAACCGAAAACCAACCUAUGGAGAAUUGUUCAACCGCACCCACAAACGUGAGAAAGGUCAAGGUGAUUUUGUUGAUCAUAAGUCCAAGAAUGUCUGUGAAGCUUAUACUUCUUCAAUGAGUCAAAAGUAUGGUCCUGAUGAAGCCAAUCAUCCUGAGUUUGACCCAGAAGUUUGGUGUGAUGCAAUUGGGGGGCAAGGUACUACACGCACUCAUUUCUAUGGGUUUGGAAUCACGCCACGUGGUAAGAAUUUCAUAUCUACUUCCAUCAAUGCUGGAGAUGCAUCAUACUCGGCUUGUAGUCGUCCGAAUCAUGAACGUGAACAAACUCCAGUUGAAAUUGACAAUUUACGUGAAGAAGUGACACUAGUGAAAGACAGAAUAAUCAACUUAGAGGAUAAAGUAGAGAAGCAAGCGAGCGAUACGGCGGAUAUCAAGAAGUAUCUUGAACAAAUGAUGGAAAUGUUUAAUCCUGCGCGUAUGUUUACAAAUGCUUCAAUAGGACCUUCUCAGCCUACCUCGCAGGAUAAAGACACUGGGAGACCACCACUUUGAAUAUUAAAAAGAUUAAUAUAUGCUAUA